CGUAACAAGAGCCGGAGGUGGGGGAAAUUCUAAUGGAGUUCUAAAGUGAACAAGAUCCUGUUGUUGUAUUUUCACUUUUGACGCUAUUUUUCACUAUUUUGGAACCGCAUUUUGCAUCAGGUGAACGUUGGACAUUCGGUUUGUCGAAAUCGCGUUAGUGCGACGAAAAGAAAUUUCAUCCGAAGACCAGAAUUCGCCUGCUUUCUUGGAAGGGUGUGCGAAUCCUUUUGGGGAGUUUUCCUUCACUUCCUUCUGCUGUGACUAAGCCUGAAAACACUUUUGAGGAAAUUGUGAAUUCUCCAUAAAACCUACACAAUGGAAGCACAAGCGAAACACGAUUUCAACGCAACUGCGGACGACGAGCUUAGCUUUCGAAAGGGUCAAAUUUUAAAGAUCCUUAACAUGGAAGAUGACAUGAAUUGGUACAGAGCUGAACUGGACUCUAGAGAGGGACUCAUCCCAAGUAAUUACAUUGAAAUGAAACCUCACGAAUGGUAUUAUGGCAGAAUUACGAGAGCAGACGCAGAAAAACUUCUCUUGAACAAACAUGAGGGAGCCUUUCUUAUCAGAGUCAGUGAAAGUUCGCCUGGUGAUUUUUCGUUAUCAGUAAAAUGCUCAGAUGGAGUGCAACACUUUAAAGUAUUGAGAGACGCACAAGGAAAAUUCUUUCUCUGGGUUGUCAAAUUUAAUAGUCUGAAUGAGCUCGUUGAGUACCACCGCACUGCGUCAGUUUCACGCUCCCAAGACGUAAAACUCCGAGACAUGGUUCCGGAAGAGUGCCUGGUGCAAGCCUUGUACGACUUCACACCACAAGAACCAGGAGAACUUGAGUUUCGUCGAGGGGAUGUCAUCACAGUAACUGAUCGCGCUGACAAACACUGGUGGAGUGGUGAAAUAGGUUCCCGCAGGGGCCUCUUUCCUGCCACUUACGUAACUGCCUACCACUCCUAGAGAAGCUUCCUGAGCCCUUUUGUGCUGCGCUUUAUUCGAUUCUGUCAAACUGAACCUUCCUCCUUAAUUAGCUACCCCAGUUUAUUUUGGUGCCUUGAACAUUUACUACCACACAGAAUAUUUUGUGAAACUAUAACCAUUGGGCUCUAAUUUGUCGAUUUUUCGAGCUCUCAUUUAGUAUUAAGCUGAAGUACAACUUAACUGAGAAAUUUCAGUGAUGAAUAUUAGUUUUUACUUUUCCUGCCAAGUCAGUCACUAUUUUCUCACUUGUUCUGAAAAUUGUAGUUUUCAUUUUACGGCUUACAUAAUUCAUUCAGAGCAGUUAAGCUUGAACUAGAAACGUAACAAUUUAACACAUUAAUAUACUUGGGCAUUUCAUCUCAUUCUGCCAAACAAAAGUUCAUUAUAUGCAUUUGAAUUAACUUUAAAGUCACUAUACAUUUUAUUGAUUGAGAAAGUUUACUUGUGGAUUAGCAAGGGUCGUCAUUUUGCAUGAGUCGCAAAUGACAACUUUGUUCGUAAAACCAAGCAUAUCCACCUGGGAAACCUCUCUCAAUCUUCAGAGAGUGCAAUAUUUAUAUCUACUUUAAUUUGUUUUUUCAACUACGUCAAUUAUUGUUCCAUGUCUUGGCAAACUUUCUGUGUCUUAUCAUAUCUCCGAGCUCUCUUCGUUCCAACUUUCGAAACUAUUUCUCCUAAUGAUCCUAAUGACAACAAGCCACCCCACCACCAAACAGGACGAGAAAUCGCUCUGUCAAACAGAAACAGUGUAAUUACAUAGCCACAAAACUGAUGCUAUUGCUAGAAUAUUUGAAACGGCCCAGAAUUCGCUGGCGAUGGAAAAAGUGGAAAGUCUGAGUAAAUCCAAAAUUUAAUACGAAAAUCUAAACCAUGCAAUUAAUUUAUAUUAUACAUGACUGAGCACAAAUUUGUGUCAGUCUUAAUUCGGUGCACCUAAUGAUUCAUUCUCAAGCAUUUGGGAGGUAAACCUGCCAUGAAUUCAAAUACGUGAUGGAAAGUGUGCUAUAUGAUGACAGAGGCAAAUUUUGUAUAAAUUUUUUAUGCAAUCUCAUAGCAAGUAAAACAUUGUAAAAUAGUGAUAAUAAUAAUUUACUGAUGAUUGGCUUUAUGAUACGUUGAAUACACAACCCGUUGGAUGUUAAAGCAUGAAACCAAUGUGGAGAAAAAUUUAAUUAUGUUGAAACAACUCAAUAUAAAUUAAAGCCUACCAAUCUUAACAAUAAGUUGUAAGAAAUUGAUGCGAUGCAAUCAUUUGUUGGAAUGUAUAAAAGUUCUCAAUUGAGAGAUGAAUGAGAAAAAACGGGUUGGCUACUGCUGCAAUGGCUCAAAAAUGCUGCAAUAUAAUUAUUUUGAUUGAGAGGCCGCUUUGCCUGUCCAGAGUUUAUUAUGAAUUUUGUUUACUGUUUUUUUCUGGCGCGAAAUUUUUUGAAAAUGUUUUUCCCAGAGUGGAUAAUUGUGUAAAUAUUUUACUUACUCUUCGAUGUCAAUAAAGUAAUACUGUAUGAUUGUAAGGUAA